AUGGUGGAAUUUAUUUCCAUCUUCCGUCGUAUAUCGAUCAAUAGGUUACGAGAGUUUACCGCAGACUUUCCGUCGGUCCAGCUCAUCAUUGACGCUCUCUAUAAAGAGCUGGAAUUCGUAUUUACUCACCAUCACAAAGUUCUUCGGCGUUUCCUAAACGACGAUGCCACUUCCAUCGUUCUCUCGGAGGCCAUCCAGCAAGGGUUGAGCGAAAUAAAUUUAACAGAAUCGUUUGCAGGCAUAUUAACCAGCGACGAAAACCCGAUUGAAUCACUUCAAAAAGUUUCACAGUUUGUUGCUAAUCGAUCUGACUCUUCUGUCCCAGGUCUUUCCGCUAUCUCUCAGCACUUGAGAGCAAAAAUUAUACGUGAUCUCGCAGAUCCAUUCCGAUCUGCUCUGUUAUCCUAUAUCUUAUCGAAGAUCAACGCAUUGGAUCUGAACAGCGGAUCAUUUCGUGCACGAGUGGAAUCACUGAAAACUGCAAUAGCGGAACUAUUACAUCUUCUCACAGACGUGUUUGUUCACAGUGAGGCCCUGUUCGGUCAUGAUGUCAAGAAUGUGGUGCAACAACCGAUUGAUAAAUCGACCACUUCAAAAGGACCCCAAGUGAGCAACCUUCCAGCUUUCAGCACAGCACCACAUGAGUACAUCACGACAGUAGGACAGGAACUACUGCAACUUUUCCAUCUUUGGGAACAAUUCUUUCUCGAUGACAACGUGGUUCACUCAUUCUACGUGGCAUUAAAAAAGAAAUUUGAAGGUGAUGACCUUUUCAAAAAGACUGUAUCAGAUGUGGCAAAUAAUGUAAUCACUGAGUUUGUUACAUCAGUUGGUGAUCCAUCUUCAUACUCAAAGGAUGUCGCUAGACAGUUUCACGCAGAUACAGUGUUUCUCAAGGACGCUUUCGAAGAUCUUCGAACCGGAAAUGUGGAACAGCUAUCAGCUUUGGAGGCUGUUUUAAAGAGUAGGUAUGCGGCAUAA